CUCUCAUUCUUUUACCAAUUCAAAUUGAAAAGAAAACCAUAUAUAGUCGUCAUGGCAGAAGCCAUCAUGCCGCCACAAGAAAGUAAGACAAGUUGUCACCAUGCCAUGUUUGGUAUUAGUACAAGUAUCCAUGAUUCUCUACUCCCUCCAAAGAAAUGUGGGCGGCGUUGUCGUGUUCUUCAGAAGCCGGCGAGGAGAUGUUUCCGGCCGGGAAGAAGCCGCGGCGGCAAGACUCAAGAAUCAUCGCUGCUGUAUUGCUUGAGGAAAAGGUAGAGGAGACGGACGCGGACGAUCUCCAAUCGCCCGAAGAAGGGGAGGCCCGCACGAGUUGGUCGUGCGCCUUAAAAACUAAUUCAGUGGAAUCAAAGCCAAAUCUUGGAAAGCCUAAACCCUAGUUUGUUGUAGUCUAGCUUCCGCCGUUGCCGCCGUCGCCUAUGAUUUGCCUGGCGACGGCGGCGUCACUGCCUGUUCCUGUUUCCACUGUCCAAACUUCAACAUCGUUCUCUCAAUAGUUCAAUUUUACUUGUCCAGCCACAAAAAAAAACUGGUCGUAAUCAAUUUCUGGCUUAAUUUUUGUUCAACAUCGUUCAACAAAUUUGGGCACCACCAGUCUCAGUCGUCGUCUCCGAAUAGCCAUCGUGCAGACACUGGAGGUCGGAUCUUCUGGUAGUGUGUAGAUCCAAGUUCUCUAAAGUCCACCAAUCUGCCGCGCCGCCCAAGAAUUGUCGGCCAAAGACUUGGAUCGAUCAAUUUCACACCAGGAAGUUCCCGAUCACAGAAACCUUCGUCUCGAUCGUAGGUCUUCUCCCGAUCUCAUCCCGUUUUGUCCGGAACCGUCUCUGUCCCGUUUCCUUCGCUCAAUUCCGUUACCUCCGUCGCUUGUAGUUUGUCCAGCGGUGGCGGCGGCAUCAUCAUCCGCAAGUUUGUCCAGCGACGGAGAGUUCAUUGGUUGUACCUAUUUGGGUAAGCCUCAAAUUUGGUCCGCAAGUUACAACCACAAAUCAAAUAGGGUGGGCCACUGCAUCUGUCUCAUGGCUCUAUUUGUUGGGUUUAAUAUGGUGGCAUGAAGUUUCUCUCAAAGUUGGUUACUAGUUCUAUAGUGAUUAAUGGAUUGGUUUGCUCGUACUCCACGGAAGAAGAUUUUCAUAUUUGGACCGAGCCAUUUUGUUGACGUUUUGAUGACAUUGUUUUUGGUUGCUAUUUGGUAUGUUCAAGUGCAACUAGCUGUAUGUUCGGCAUGUAUGUUUGUGAGGUUGGUCGCAUAGUCGCGCCUCAGUCCGACAUAUCAAUUUGUGAGGUUGGUCGCAUAGUCGCGCCUCAGUCCGGCAACACAGCCUCCAAGUUUGGGAUGCUUGUUAGUCGUCCCCGUGUCACCGCGUGGGAGUCAUUCGUCAUCAAAAUUUAUUGUUCGUUUGCAGGGCCGGUCACCUUCGUUCGUUGUUGUCACAGCAGNGGGACGAUUCGAGCCAAAUAAGCAUUUUACCCAUUU